AUGGCUAUAUUUUGUCGACAACAUACAAAGCCAAUAUCAAAUGAACGAGCAUUUUGUCAAGCAUUACUCAAUAAUGAGAAUCCUAUUUGGGAUGAUAACGAUAUGGAAAAAAUACAUAAACGAGGUUUUCGUUUACCUCCUGACAAUUUUGUAUAUGGUAUCAAACAUCCAAAACAAAAUGCUCUACAAUACGAUAAUACACCGAUGAACACAUCGAAAUCAAUUAUUGUUCCUAAUUUUAUUGAAAUAAACAAAACUACUGUUCAAUUAGGUCUUACUAAAGUACAAGAUAUACAUCAAUAUCGGAAAACAAUGAAUAAUCAUCUAGUAAAUAUAAAUCCUUGUUAUAGUACCGAUAUUAAAAAAAAAUCAAUACCAGAUAUGAUUCAUGGACGAAUUACAGGUGAACGACAAUCAAUUCGUGAUUUAAUUGAAAAUAAAUAUCUACAUGAAUGGCUUCAUAAAGCUGCAAUACGUCGUUGUAAAAAAAUUUUAAAUAAUAACACACCUAAAAUACCGAAAGCUUUUUUAUUGAAAACAAAUUCAAAAUAUAAUAAUAAACAAUAA